AUGUCCACUAUAUCUGAGGAGAUGUCAGAAAUCUUUUACGGAAACCAAAUUGCUCAAGAGAUCAUCCACUCGUCGGAUAAAUACGACGCAGUAAUAAUUGAGUCGUAUUUCCUUCAGGAACCAGUUUCAGCUCUUAUCCACAAGUUCAACUGUGUCGGAAUAGAAAUUUCUUCCCUAGGGGAUUCAGCCUGGAUUGCUGAAAUGUCAGGACUUCCGCUUAAUCCAGCGUUCCAGUUGGACUUUAAAUCGCGUUUAAGCGAUGAAAUGUCCAUUUUGGAGCGGAUCUACAACGUUUAUGUCACGGCGGCCAGCCUCGCUUUUAGCUAUUACCACAUGUACCCGAUGCAGGGGAUCAUGGACAAGUACUUCAACUACACUGGUUGGGAAACAAGACCACCGCUGCAGAAGUUGCUGAUCAACAGGAGUUUGAUCUUGGUCAACUCAGAUCCAGUCCUCAGCUACCCAUAUCCAACUGCACCUCAUGUCAAGAAUAUAGCCGGCUUAAAUUUGAUGCCGAAUAAACCACUGCCAAAUGAUCUUGAGGAAUAUAUGAAUGGAUCAGAGAAAGGUGUCAUUUAUGUCUCUCUUGGUUCCAAUUUGAACACUUCCGAAAUAAUGAGGAGUAAAAUCGGUCACUCAUUCUUAAAAAUCUUUGAGAACAGGCCGCAGAGGGUCAUCAUAAAAUGGGAGAAAGAAGUCGAACACAGUGAGAUGCUCCAAAACGUCAGGACGGGCAAUUGGUUCCCACAGAGAGAUAUUCUUGCCCAUAAAAACUGCAUCCUUUUUGUGACUCACGGAGGAUUCCUGAGUCUCACCGAAUCUUUAUUCUACGGUGUUCCUGUCAUCGGUCUCCCUUUUUUCGGCGAUCAGCCCAAAAACAUGAUUCAGGUCCACAAAGCUGGCUAUGGUUUGAUGAUUAAGGAUGACAAUAUUUCCGUCCAUUCUCUUACAUGGGCACUUAAGGAAAUUCUCAGCAAUCCUAGGUAUCGAAAUGAAGCCCAAAGAAGGUCUCAAAUGCUAAGAAACCGUCAGCACACCCCUUUAGCCGAAGCAGUAUACUGGGUCGAACAUGCUAUUAAAUACCCAAACUUUCUAACACCUAAGAGUGCGUUUAUGUCUUUUUGGGAAAAGAGGAUCUUCGAUGUUGGGACAUUUAUCAUCGUUAUUGUAUCUAUAAUUAGCUUAUUCACUACAACCAUGUACAUUUCUUGCAAAACUAAUGUAAGGAAUAAGGAACAGAAAGCAAAGCUCGAAUAG